AUCAUCGUUAACAUCACAUAUACGCUGCUUCAGGAAUGUCGCACAAAGCUAUCAUCUUUCCUGCUCUUGGAGCAAAGCUCGAAGUAAUUUCCGUCCCGACCCCGGCUUUGAGGGACGACCAUGUGCAGGUUGCGCCCGACUAUGUCUCGCCAGCACCGAUUGACGUAUGGCAGGGGCAUCAUGGCAUCUUUGCGACAUUCCCGGUCAUCCCAUGCGGCAGCUUAGUCGGUACAAUCAUCGCCGCUGGAAGCGAGGUUACGCACGUGAAGAAGGGCGACCGCAUCGUAGCAAACGUCUUCGGCCCUCAAGAGCAGAAAGCUGCUCAAGCAAUCGUUACUAUACCCGGUAAUCGGGUUGGAAAGCUUCCAAAAAACGUGGACUCAGUGGCAGCUGUCACCUCCCUCGGUUUGGUUCCAGUAUUCCACAGCGUCACGUCCAAGAGCAACGGCUUGGGUUUACGGCUGCGAACCGGACUCCCAAACGAGGACUUCCCUCCCCUCUCGGCCGAGGAGCAGGGAAAGCGGAUCCUUAUCUGGGGCGGGUCCAGCGCCACCGGACAAUUCGCCGUCCAGAUGCUCGCUUUCACCGGAUAUCGCAACAUCAUAGCGACAGCCUCGCCAAAACAUCACGACUAUAUCCGCAGCCUCGGAGCAAGCAAGGCCGUGGACUACAACAGCCCUGAGUUCGCGAGAGAAAUUGGGGAGGUCGACCUAGUUCUGGACUUUGUCGCCAAUCGCAAAGAGACGAUCCCUCGCAUAGCAAAAGUUGUCCGCAACGACCCGGCGAGCAAGGUGGCUAUCUUCGUACCGAUCAAAUCUGGGGGCCGAUCAGCUAGCAAUCUCGGAGUGGAGCUCGAGAAAGACGCGCUUCCAAACAAGGUCCAGGUGAUACUGGUUACCUCGCAUAUCUACGAGCAGAAUCCGUUCUUGAAAUCACACCUGCAGACUGAGAUUGUCCCCGGUCUGCUCGGCCAAGGAGCUGUAAAGCCGCUGCGAGCCAAAGUGAUAGAGGGAUCUUCUUCAGUGGAAGCUCUGAACAAGGCGGUCGCGUUGCUGAAGGAUGGAGUAGUGUCGGGUGAGAAGCUCGUCGUGGACGUUAUGGACUUACAGAACUAG